AAAGGUGACAUGCGGGAAAAAUCAUAACGACCAGUGGACCAAAAUCAACCGAAUUUCAAAAUCCAGAAGUAGUGAACCGAGGCAGGUUGAAUUGAAUUCCCAAAAUAAACAUGGUAAUUCCUCUUUGCACCCCUUCUCUUUCUCUUCAAUCGCCCUCCAUUCCUAAAAAACCUAACAACAACAUGAUCAUCUCUGCAUCUUCCGGCGACAGAUUAAACUCCCAGCGAAGAACCAUCUCAGCCUCCGAAGCCCGAAUCUCACUCAUUUUCGCUCUCGCUUCUCAAUCUACCACUCUCUCUCAGCGACUUUUUGCCGACGUAGCUACCGAAACUGCAAAGUACUUGUUUCCGAAAACAUUUGAAAGCCGCACUCUCGAAGAGGCGUUGAUGACAGUUCGGUGUUUGAGCUUCGUUGUAGUUCCGGACCUUGAGACUGUCAAGUUCACAGUUCUAUCUAGAAGAGACCAGUAUGAGAUUAGGGAUGUUGAGCCUUACUUUGUAGCAGAGACUACAAUGCCUGGGAAGAGUGGGUUUGAUUUCGGCGGUGCUUCUCAGUCAUUUAAUGUCCUCGCUGAAUACCUUUUUGGUAAGAAUACAACAAAGGAGAAAAUGGAGAUGACUACACCCGUUUUUACCAGUAAGAACCAAUCCGAUGGGGUUAAAAUGGAUAUGACAACUCCUGUGCUAACAACAAAGACAGGAGAUCAAGAUACAUGGAAAAUGUCUUUUGUCAUGCCUUCAAAGUACGGUGCUAGCUUGCCACUGCCUAAAGAUUCCUCUGUGAGAAUUGAAGAGGUGCCCAGAAAAGUAGUUGCUGUAGUUUCCUUUUCAGGUUUUGUGAAUGAUGAAGAAGUUAAGCGGCGUGAACUGAAACUACGAGAAGCUUUGAAAAAUGACGGACAGCUCAACAUUAAAGAGGGAACUACAGUAGAAAUUGCACAGUAUAAUCCCCCAUUUGCUCUUCCAUUUCAACGCCGUAAUGAGAUUGCAUUGGAGGUGGAGUGGAAAAAUAAAUAGGAACAAUGAUAUACAGUCUCAAGGUACUUUUGAAUUUUCAUCGUUUCACUGUAAGCUACAAAAGUUACCUGUUUGUUAUCAAUUAUCAUGAAUCGGACUCCAACAUAAGAUAUUUUGUACUCAUUAUUGAUGCUUCUAUGUGCGUGUAUUUAUUGUAAAUAGGUCCCUUUACUCAAUAUAGAUGUUUGUCUUUUUUGUAAAUAGAUUUUGUAUCGAUACUGAUGUUUGUAUAUGUAUGUAAACAGAUAUCUUUGUGCGUGUCAUGAGUUUGGCAACGAUGUGCAUGUAAAAAGUUUGCCAAUAAUGUGCGUGUAAAUCUAGCAUAUAAAAGAGUGGCGUUAUAUGGA